AAUCCUUGGCUGUUUGGGGAGUUGUGAUAGGUCAGGGGUGAGAGGGAGAGAUAUGGAGUUUGUACAAGGUGGUCGUCUAGCUGUUGUAGAGUAACCUGGAAGCCCCAACCACGGCUGUGUUGUGAUUUAAAUUUGGAAUGUUGAGCUCACAUUGAAGUAAAAAUUAUUUUCAACCAACGACCCCAUUGUCUGGGACUAACUACACCCUUAGAAGUUGAGACAGUAGAUUAAACUCAAUCGACGACUCACAGGAGAUUCCAAUAGUUGUAUAGAAGAUUGGAACCUUCCGGAAAGGGAAAGGCUGAGAAAGAAUGGGGAAGAUAACCCCACACGUCCUGGGCGUGUUUGUGAUUUUCGCGGUGGUCCCGCCUAGUUUUGGACAUGGGCGUCUCUUGGACCCCCCGUCUAGGGCUACAAUGUGGAGGUUGGGGUUCGACUCCCCACCUGAUUACGAUGACCACCAGGGAUACUGUGGCGGCAAAGAUGUAAGUGGACCGUUAACUUUAGCUCUUCUGUUUAUAGGAUGUAAUUUGACUGGUAACUUCAGAUCUGUAAUAAUGAUGUAAGCUGACUGUCAAAUUUAGCUCUGUUAUAAAUGAAUGAAAUUGACCGAUAUGUUAAGUUAAUGUUAUAAAUGAAGAAAAUUGACCGUUAACUUUAGCUCUGUUAUAAAUAAAGUAAGUUGAUGGUUAACUAUAGCUCUGUUAUAAAUGAUGUAAGCUGACUGUAAACGUUAGCUCUGUUAUAAAGGAUGUAAAUUGACUGUUAACUUUAGCUGUGUUAUAAAUGAUACAAUUUGACUGCUGAUUUGAGCACUGUUAUAAAUGUUUGUUUUGUAAGUGUGUUGAUGAGUAUCUUAUUAGUAGUUAACGUUUUAUUUUUUUUUAAAUGUUUAAUUUCUUAACUUUGUGUUCAAAUCCAUUGACCCAGAGUCAUUCACAUCAUAAUAAAUUAGUCUAAAACUUUGUAUUCUUAAAAUUCAUAAUCUGAAGGAAAAAUGAAUGUGAAAAGUCAUUGAAAUUAAGUUUAUAAGCGGGUCACUACUUUUUGAUUCAGAUUGGUCCAAUUAGCUCUUGAGGUAACUGGCACUAGUGGAAUGCAUGUUUAUCUCACAGAUGUGUAGAAGCUCACUUCCCAACGCUGACCAGCGUCCAUCGAUACCAUUAACCGCAGUUUAAGAUGUCGCAUGCCACUCUUGUUUCCUUGUCUGCAUAUGAUGAUGACUGAAUACUUGGCAAGCUCUUGUGCCCAUGUUCUUCCAGCGUCCUCAAAGCGCCCUGAUGUUAUAAAAUCUAUUUAAAAUGCAUGCACGAUCUUAGUGAAAUGAAUUACGAUCUUAGGACGGCCUGAGGAUUUCGUGUGCUCUUUUUUUGAUAAGCUAUACAGAUCGGUGUGUUGUUGUUGUUUUAAUAUUUCUAGAGCUUUCAAAGAAAUCAGCAAAUAACUAAAAGCUGUAAGCAAAUAAAGUGGUUUAGCUGAUGGCUCGCUGUACAGGAUGCAAUGAAUGACACUUAGGCCUGUUUCCUCCACGGGGAGAUUUUUAGACAGGUGUAAACAAAAUACACAAAUACCUGUCAAAUUGGCAGUGUCCUGCGAGGCAAUUGUCAUAAUAAUGAUAGCUGUGGUAAUUAUAUCACAAAAAUUACCUUAAACCAGCAAACAAACAACCAAGGUAAUUACCAAAGAAAAAAAAAUAGUGAAUCAAGUUUUUCAAAGAGUGACAUGGCAUUCUAAGACUUGUGUCUCAUGUCUUGACAAGAGCAUGUCUUAUUAAUGUGGUCAUCAAAGAGAGAUGUGACAUUCUAAAACUUGAGACUAGUGCCUUGACAAGAGCAUGUCUUACUAAUUUAAUGAUCAGUAAAGUUGGCUAACAUUAAAGACGGGGCCUGGUACAAGACCAAAACAAAGAUUUCAGAUAUAACCCAUUGAUGGAUCACCUUGUUAAAGGAUAUCCACAAUGAUGACUAGGAUUGCAUCUAGCCUUGUUAGAACAUAGAACAUUCAUUCCCUGCACACCCCCCCCCCAAACCAGCUCCACCUCCCAACCCCACCAAAAAUAAUAAUUAGAAUAACAAUUCGGCAAAAGUUCAUGUGCUCAGACAAAUCUGGCGGAUGUCAGUGGUUCUAAAAUUACAUGAAAUGACAUCUUCUCUAGAGUAAACAUCAGUUAUCAAGAAUGUAAAUUCAUGGCCAAAAAAAAAAAAAAAACUUCUUAAAAGCUCAUAAAAACAUUUUAGUUCAUGUGCUCAGACAAAUCUGGCGGAUGUAAGUGGUUCUAAAAUUACAUGAAAUGACAUCUUCUCUAGAGUAAACAUCAGUUAUCAAGAAUGUAAAUUCAUGGCCAAAAAAAAAAAAAAAAACUUCUUAAAAGCUCAUAGAAACAUUUUCUUACUAAGAAAUUAAACCCAUCGUCUUAAAAUCGCAUGUGCCCGACAGCCCGACAGCCCGACAGUGAACAUUCACAUUGAAGUAUCAAUGCGCUUAAUUUUUUUUCCUGUUUAAAAAAAAAUAAAAAAUAAAUUAGAAUCGCUAUUAUCAUUGUAUCGGUGCUGAUCUUCUUUUAUUAUUCCAUCAGCUGAUUGCAAGUCCAUACAUUACAGAAAAUAUUUAAAUCAUGUUGCUGCCAAAUUUAUCGUCAUAAUAAUUUAAUGGCCGCUUAACCUAAUACAUAAUGUGUACAUUUUAGGGGGUCGCUCGCAAGUUACGUCUCGCAAAAAUUUCAUUUUUAUACCCCCCUUCCCCCCCUCACAAAUUAUAUCCCCCCCCCCCCCCCUAGUGUCAUGUCACACUUAAAAGAAUCAAAUUAUCGUUUAAAAUUUUAUAACUGAACUAAGAAGUUAUUUUAUUCUUUAAUGUUUUCCCAUACUGAUAAUGGAUUAAGAUGUAGUGUAAUUAAAAAUCUGUGACACGCAGCAACGAAGUAAUCCCCACGCCAAAUGUAACAUGUCCACAACAUUAAUUACGCAAAAGAUUUUUUAAAAUUAUUUGAAUAUUUUUCAAAAUUAUAAAUGUAUGUUAAUUUUUUUAUAUAUUUUUUUUUUUUUUUAAAAUAAAUUUUAAAUAAUUUGCCGUCACAAAUUGUUGACAUUCUCUCCGCACUGUCACAAAGUGUCACAACCCCCCUCUUUUUAGUUCUCAUUCAGAUGUGUGACUUCAGAGGAAGCACGCGGGUAAAUUCGUACAGAUUGGGGAACAAAAAGGAUUUUUAAAUUGGUCAGUCCUCGCCCUGAUGGAAAGAAUUUGUCCCGAACGGCCAGAUCCUAAGUACUUGUAAUGAAGAUGUUGGGAUGUAUCAUCUAAAAUGUGUUUAGUUUUUAAAAAAAACAUCUUUAUUCAAAUAGUUCUUAAAGUGAAGGAUGUUUAGUUUGUGUUAUGUUCCUAGCUUUCUUGAUUAGUCGGUGUUAAAUAUCAGACGUUGAAUUCCAACACCAACAGGUAAUACUGAAAUUAAGCAGGCUUCCACUAGUUGCACUGUAGAAUAAGUUAAAGACUUGCUUCUUUACGCCAAAAUUGUACAGUUUUUUGAGGUAGAACAGUCUUUGGUUGAAUUUCUUAUACAGGAUUUGGCUGUACUCAUGCCAUGUUAGCUUAUUAUUAAGGGAUAUUGAGCAAUGUAAACCUUCCCCGGUCUCUUCUCAUUUCAACCAAAAAGAAAAUAAAGGUGCUUUGGAUGUAACCAUUAGGCAUUGAUUUCAUGCAGUAACACACCAGAUAGGGUUAUAAUGGAAAAUAAAUUUAUUCAGCUGUUUGGCACCAUAUCUCCACAUGUUAUUAAUCAAAUAAUAUCCUACUGAUGUUUCUCCGUUUCCUUAUAUUUCAUCUAUUUUCUUAUUGCUGUUUGUUGAUGUAUCCCUGGAUAUUCUGGUCCAUUAUUAUUGUGGACUUUAUUUUUCACAGUGUCAAUAUUUAUAUUCUCUCGCUUCCUGUUUUCCCACUUCCGGUGACACGAAUGAAUACUGCUUGAGUUGUCUACUGUGUUCUUUUCUUUGUUAUAUUUUCAUUUCUAUUGUUGGCUGAGGAAGGCUUUAUGCCGAAACGUCCUUUUUUUUUGUCCUGUUAGCUUAUUUCAAGCUUCCACAUACCUCGUUUCACUAUUUCAUUAAUUAGCUUAUUAUUAAUGGUGACACCUAAGUACUUGUAUUCCUCCACUUUCUCCACAUUUUGAUUUUUAAUGUUGAGAUCUGCAAUCUGGUGUCUCCCCCUUCUGAAACCAACAACCAUUUCUUUUGUUUUUGAGACAUUCAACUGGAGAAAAUUUUCAUCGCACCAAUUGAUACAGCUUGUAACUAAGUUGCGGUAUAGGCCUUCUAAUUCAGAUAUUAAGCCAACAAUGGUGGUAUCAUCAGCAAAUUUUAAGAUUGAAACGGUGUCGCUUGAGCUUUGAAUAUCAUUUGUAUAUAUUGUAUACAGUACAUGAGAGAGAACGCAGCCUUGUGUACAUUCUAAUAUGUACUAAAAUUCGUAUAUUCCAAUAUGUAAAUUCUAAUGUGUACCUACAUGCGUGCGCCCAUCUCGUCUGGCAGGCCUUGUGGAACCAGUUCGGUGGAAAAUGUGGUGUCUGUGGUGACCCCUACUCACCCACACCGCGCGCCCACGAGAGGGGUGGAGCCUUCUACGGCGGGGAGCCCACCAGGACUUACAGGGCGGGAGAACUGAUAACUGUCAAGUUUGGCAUCACAGCCAACCACAGGUGAAUCAACUGUCAUUCCUUCGAUGUAUAACCGUAUAUGACUUUGUCAAUAACAAAUUUAAAAAAAAAACAAAAAAAAAACAACUAAAAACUAUGUUUUCUGUAAAAAUAUUUCAUAUGCAUUUAAAAAAAAAAAUAAUAAUUUAUUAUACAUUAAUAUUAUAAUGAUGUGAAUCAACUGUCAUUCCUUCGAUGUAUAACCGUAAAUGACUUUGUCAAUAACAAAUUUAAAAAAAAAACAAAAAAAAAACAACUAAAAACUAUGUUUUCUGUAAAAAUAUUUCAUAUGCAUUUAAAAAAAAAAAUAAUAAUUUAUUGUACAUUAAUAUUAUAAUGACCCUCCAACUUUGACAACGCAGAAUUAUAGAACCGUUUCAGGGGAGAAAACCAUUGAAAAUAUCAAGCAUUAAACACACUGGCGAUUUUUUUAUUAUUUUUUUUUUACAACAUCUAACUUAGCAGAGUUAUCUCAAAUUUUAGUUGGUGAAAUCAGUGGUCAUCAUUUGUCCUUAUCGUUCCCCUUGAAAAACAGGAGAAAUUGAUUGUUGGGGAGUGGGGAGUGGGGCUGAAAAUUUGAUGGAAUGUGUUGUCAGCGGCAUCGAGUCUAUAUGCCUAGGUUUCAGCUCGAUAGGUUGACGGAAAGUGGGUAAAUUAGCCGUCCUAAGAUUUUUGCCACACACCCAAACAGAAAGAAAGCUACACACGACCAAGAGCGAAGUCACUACAAAGGAUUACAAACAAAUACAAAUGUAUUAGAAGAAAAGAAAAAAUAAAUACGAAAUUAGUUAAGUUUUUUUUUUAACUGAUGCAAAGCUGUCCCCUCUUAAGUCUCCUUUUGUGACGUAUCUUACGUCACCUAUUACGUCAACUCUUAUGUCACCUCUUAUUUCGUAUCUCAUCUCAACCAUUUCGUCACAAAGUUUAGUUCAUGACAUCCGGUGCACAUACUAAAUAGAGUAAUAAAAAUGUUCAUAAUAAAAUCAUGUGAUAAUAAGGACGAAUAAUAAUCAACUACCCUUUUAUUUUCGAUAGGUAAGAGACAUUUUGUAUGUAAGAGACAUUCGAGUAAACGCACUUGAUAUUUUAUCGUAAUCAAGUAAUUCAAUUUUUUUUUUUGUACAGGGGCUUGAUCGAGUUCAGGCUUUGCCCUUACGACAAGCCUAAAGAGGGCGACAUCGAAUACGACUCGGGUGGUGAUUUCGUCGAGGUCACCCAGGAGUGUCUCAACAAACACGUCCUUCGCCUUGAAGAUGGUGAAACCAGGUCAGUAGGUCAACGUAUGGUGCAGUGCUAGAGUCAGACAUUUCGUUCGAUCUGUCCGGACAGUCACGUUGCAAGAGUCACCAAUUUCUUGGAAUCUAUUCGAAAAGUCGCAUUGGAAAAGUUCACACAUUUGGUUCGAUCUGUCGGUACAUUCAAAUUGCAAAAGGCACACAUUUGUUAAACUUUAAUUGCACAGUCACAUUGCCAAUAGUCACACAUUUGGUUGGGUCUGUUCGUACAGUCACAUUUCAUAUGUCACACACUUAGUUAGAUCUACCAUUAGUAUCACAUUACAAAAGUCACACAUUUGGUUAGAUCUAUCUCUUCAGUCACAUUGAAAACGUCUCACAUUUAGUUAGAUCUAUCUGUAUAGUAACAUUGCAGAAUUCACACAUUUAGUUUGAUCUAUCAGUAAUGUUAUAUUGCCUGGCUCACAAAUUUGGUUACAUCUAUUCAUACAAUCACAUUUCAAAAGUCACACAUUUGUUUAGAUCAAUUCGUGUAGUAACAUUGCAAAAGUCACACAAUCAUUGAGAUCUAUCCGUACUUUAGAGUGUGGGGAAAGUUCAGCUCAUCAAAAAUGAAUCGUGUGAUAUGUAUUGACGACAAAUCAUUUUGUUAGUUUCGAUGGUGCACCAUUACAUCAGGCAAUUAAAUUCUACUUGUCCUAUUUAAAUCUACAUCUUUUCAACACCAUCGCAUUGUUUUCCACACCCUCACAUGAUUUCCACUCUAGCACCUUGUCUCCCACACUAUCACAUUGUCUCCCACACUAUCACAUUGUCUCCCACACUAUCACAUUGUCUCCCACACCGUCACAUUGUCUCCCACACUGUCACAUUGUCUCCCACACUAUCACAUUGUCUCCCACACUAUCACAUUGUCUCCCACACCGUCACAUUGUCUCCCACACCGUCACAUUGUCUCCCACACUGUCACAUUGUCUCCCACACCGUCACAUUGUCUCCCACACUAUCACAUUGUCUCCCACACUAUCACAUUGUCUCCCACACUAUCACAUUGUCUCCCAUACUAUCACAUUGUUUUCUAAACUAUUAAACAGUUUUCUACACUAGCAUAUUGUCUUCCACACUGUCACAAUGUUUUCCACACUAUCACAUUAUUUUCCACACUGUCACAUUCUUCUCCACACUAUCAAUUUAUUUCCACACUAUCAAAUUCUUUUCCACACUAUCACAUUCUUUUCCACACUAUCACAGGUUUUACACUAUCACAUUAUUUGCCACAUUAUCAAUUUGCUUUCAACGCUCUCAUACGUUUUUUAACACUAUCACUUGUUUUCCACACGAUCACAUUGUUUCCCAUACUAUCACAUUAUAUUUCACACUAUCACAUUGUUUCCCAUUUAUCCCAUUGUCUUCCACACUAUCCCAUUGUCUCCCACAUUAUCAGAUUGUCUCCUGCACUAUCACAUUAUCUCCCACGUUAUCACAUUGUCUGCCACACUAUCUCAUUGUCUGCCACACUAUCACAUUGUCUGCCACACAAUCACACUGUCUGCCACACUAUCACAUUGUCUGCCACACUAUCACACUGUCUGCCACACUAUCACAUUGUCUGCCACACUAUCACAUUGUCUGCCACACUAUCACAUUGUCUACCACACAAUCACACUGUCUGCCACACUAUCACAUUGUCUGCCACACUAUCACACUGUCUCCCACACUAUCACAUUUUCUGCCACACUAUCACAUUGUCUGCCACACUAUUACAUUGUCUGCCACACUAUCACAUUGUCUGCCACACUAUCACAUUGUCUGCCACACUAUCACAUUGUUUUCCGCACGUCCCCAGAUACGAGCUCCCAGAGCCCUACGCUUCCGGCGAGUACGAGGUCAAAGUUCGUCUGCCGAAGGACAUCUCCUGCAAGAAAUGCUUGUUCCAGUGGAAGUGGAAUGUUGGUACGUACGGAAACGUUGACUGCUUGUGUGUAGACGCAACGACACGCUUUACAAAGACAAGGGUCCUCCCCCGAAUAGAUUAUCGUACGUGUAUAACGAGUACAGGAUCACGUUGAGCGUAGCGUUGUAGGGUGAGCUUAACUCAUUGUCGUCAGUGAGUUGAAAUAGAAUGAGCUAAACUGAUGCCAACGUCUUCUGUGGGUAACAAUGGCGUAGCUAGGAUUAGUGCUGUGCGGGGCGGGACAAGUUAUUUGCCGCCGCCACCACACAAAAAACUCUUGAAGUUGACAAAAAUACCACCUUCACCCCAUUUAGAGACAAGCCGGAAAGGGGGGGGGGUGGUGGGCGAAACUACCUCCGUAUCCCCCCAUUGCCACGCCAAUGGUGAGUAAUGAAGGUUAGUGUUGUAAAUCGGCAAUGAUCAAAUAGCAACUGAGUGUUAUUCUGAUCCAUUGUUGAUUGCUUUUCGCUCCAAACAUUAAUGAAAAAUAGUUGUUGUUUUUUUCUACCGAUAUUUGAAUGUCUUUAUCACAUAAUAAAGCAACAUCUUUCUUUACUUAACAUUCAGUUCACUACAUCAAUUUUUCGUCGAAUUCUUUUUGAACGCACCAUUUAGAGGUCUACUCAAACAAAAUGAGUAUUCUUUUAGAUUUUAGGAUGUUUUUAAAUGCAGGAAUAUUUUUUUUUUCCUGGUACUGUUUCUUUACAGGAUUAUUUCUUAUUUACCAAAACAUUUGCUGUUGUCAACAACCAUGAUGUUGAAGUAUUCCCUAAAUGAUGAGGAAAUCUAGCAAUUUAUCUCUUUGAACUUUUCCCCCUUUUUUUAUUUCUUUCGUUUUUUAAACUCCCGGUGCAGUGAAGGUCAUUAAGAAUGACUCCCCCAAGCCCUCUGGUCCUAUUCUAUCUUCAGUCACGAUCUCCAACACUUUCCUACCUUUAUGCACAACUGUCCACAUCUAUCGUCAAAUGUUUUUUGGCCUUCCCAGUCCGUUUGAUUCUCGAGGUCGCCAUACCAGUAUUUGUUUUGAUAUAUUUGGCUAGUACUACUUGAUAAUUCCGUUUAAUAACUACUUCAUAACAAAUAAUAUUUAAAGGUAACAUUCAGUCUUACUUUGUCUGCAGCCAAUAGUUGGGGCACUGAUCCUGACGGAACAUCUUGUAUCGGGUGUGGCGAGCAGGAGCAGUUCUACGCAUGCGCCGAUGUCAUCGUUGAGGGCAGAAAAGAAUCUCGUCCCAAGACAACGAAGCGGCCUAAAACAUCCAGCGGCAAGCCGAGGGCUGAGGAAGAAGCGUCCCAUAAGAAAAAUAAUAGCACGAAACCUGUGCAUGGAGCGAAGGAGAAUCAAACGAACACAGGCAGUUCUAAAGACAGCACCUCAACCACGGCAGUCCCUGCGACCUCAUCGUCAGCAGCCACGUCAGACAAAGAAACGACAACCAACGAGCCGAUGUGGUGGUUCAUCAAACACAUUCCACUGUUCUUUCACAGUCCGGCCGCUGAAGUUGCCGAGGGUGGUAGCCACGGCGAGCCCCAGUACUCGUUUGUAAACGAAGAGACGCAUCAUCAUCACCAUCAUCAUCAUCAGGCAGACGCAGAUUCUAAUGACGUCAAGCCAUCCUCAAUGUUGUGGAAAUGGUCGACGGAUCCCGAGCACGCCGUCUCUGUGGAGAACCCGAUCCACGUCAAGUUCCCGAACCCCGGCCGGUGGAAAAGCGACGCGAGUGGCAAUGACAAUCUGGUCUUAAAGGCGGAGGCUGGAGAGAGUCAACAAAGGGCUCCCUUGGAGGCUGAAGAGAAUGGCCAAGGGGCUCCCCCGUCAGAAGAAGAGAACAUUUCUAUUAAAGAUAACACACUGGCAGCUCUGCCCUGGUACGACCGUCUGGGGGCUAAGCUUCAGAAAGGACUUUUGUGGAGCUUACUUACGCGAAAAGACACGAAGACUGAAAUAAGCACGCUCGAAGAUAAUCCACCAGGUCGGACUAUUCACGAGCGCAGUGUCGACAUAGAUUAUGUCAGAUCGCCGGCCGCACACAACUUAACAAAGAUGUCCAACGACAGUCUUUUAGAUUCAAACACAAGUAGUACAGUCCUUACAAAUGGAACACUUGCUGAAAAGGCCGUUUUUUCAGACAAUACAGGAAACAUGGUGUCUAGGGCUCACAGCGUAAGACCAAAACAUGACAGCGAUAAAGAAGAAGAUUCGAACGCGUUCUCUUCCUCGGAGAAAAACGCAACGGGACAAAAUCACGAAAGCCAAGGACACCAGAGAUUAAAAAGAGAAACUCAGAAUUUUAAAUCGAAAUAUCAAGAAAACGCAAUAGAUCAAGAAAUCGCCCACCCUGAGCUGGUCUUAAGAGAUUUAAAAGUACUUCGAGCUAUAACGGACAAGAUAGUUACGAGUUCGGACAUUGAAGGAGACGCUUCAGGGGAAAAAGAAAAAGUGAGUCACGGGGCUGCGCAGUACAAAGCGAACAGCCAGUACCAAGCGAAUUCACACCACGAGCAGACUCCAGCCAGGUUUGGUAGCGGUCAGAAAUACAACACUUAUCGUGGUGAGUUUAAAGCAGGACGAGGCGAUUCUCAAACAGCUGAUAUUAAGUUAACCCCUUCCCAGUCGAGUGAUGACAAAAAGCCGACGAAAACCGGAGGUGAGAAGGAGGACAAGGCAAACAAAGCAAGCAGAGCUACGGUCGUUCAACGUGCACCUGCAGCGGAAAGGAUGAAACUGUCAGAUGUGAGACAACAUGAUCUGGAGAAAGAUCAUGUCGCCUUGAAGCCACGACUGAAUGGAAAUGAGAAAAUAACUGACAUUAAAAAAUCAGGACAUGGUGCUACUCAUGAACAAAUAAAAGACGAAAAGAUACCGACGAAAGAAGUAAGUAGGGAGGAAAAAACAAAAAAAAGCCAAGUUGGCAGUAGGAAAGAAGAACACGCCAAGGAGGGUAUGGAUUAUGUGGUAUUCAAGAACACGAAAGGAACAUCUAAAGCUGAUCUAAAGGAGUCAAAGGAUAAAACCAGUGUCCAUGGGAAAGAAGGUGGGCACGACGAUGUGCAUGGCCACAAAGACAAAUAUGGACAUAAAGAAGAACAUGGACAUGAGGAGGAACAUGGACAUAAAGAAGAACAUGGGCAUGAAGAGGAACAUGGACAUCAAGAAGAACAUGGACAUGAAGAGGAACAUGGACAUCAAGAAGAACAUGGACAUGAAGAAGAACAUGGACAUGAAGGAGAAAAAGGACACGAAGAAGAACAUGGACAUGAAGGAGAACAUGAUAAUGAAGAUAUAAGCCAUGAAGAAGAACAUGGACAUGAAGAAGAAAAUGGACAUGAGGAAAAACAUGGACAUGAAGAAGAACAUGGACAUGAAGAAGAACAUGGACAUGAAGAACAUGGACAUAAAGAAGAACAUGGUCAUGAAGAAGAACAUGGUCACGAAUAUGAACAUGGACAUAAAGAAGAACAUGGCAAUGAAAAAGAAAAUGAUCAUGAAGAUAUAAGCCAUGAAGAAGAGCAUGGACAUGAAGAAGAGCAUGGACAUGAAGAAGAGCAUGGACAUGAAGAAAAACAUGGAUAUGGAGAAGAACAUGGACAUGAAGAAGAACAUGGUGAUGAAGAAGAACAUGGACAUGAAGAAGAACAUGGUCAUGAAGAAGAGCAUGGACAUGAGGAGAAAAAUGGACAUGAAGAAGAACAUGGGCAUGAAGAAGAACAUGGACAUGAAGAGGAACAUGGACAUCAAGAAGAAGAUGGACAUGAAGGAGAAAAAGGACAUGAAGAAGAACAUGGGCAUGAAGGAGAAAAAGGACAUGAAGAAGAACAAGGACACGGAGAAGAACAUGAUCAUGAAGAUAUAAGCCAUGAAGAAGAACAUGGACAUGAAGAAGAACAUGGACAUGAAGAAGAACAUGGACAUGAAGUAGAACAUAGUCAUGAAGAAGAACAUGGUCAUGAAGAAGACCAUGGACAUGAAGAAGAACAUGAUCGUGAAGAUGAACAUGGACAUGAUGAAGAACAUGGCCAUGAAAAAGAAAAUGAUCAUGAAGAUAACAGCCAUGAAGAAGAGCAUGAAC